CUUUCGGUAUACCAAGCUCAUUAUUAAGGAGAGAAUGGGAUAUGCUGCUGGUACUACUGGAACAAGUGGUGCUGUUGGUGACGUCACUGCUACGUCACCUGUUAGUGGUGGUGAUGGUGGUGACGGUGGAGAGUCGUCAACGAGUUCGACGGCGGCUGGUGUUGGCGAUGGUGUGGGAACGGCUGGCACUCCUCCUGUACCUGCCAGAGCUGACACGUCUUCUGCUCCUGUUCCUGCUAGGACUGACUUUGCGGCUGAGUCUCUUGGUGCAACUGCAUUGUCUCCCCUAUGUGCUAAUACGGCUACUACGUCUUCUCCCGUUGCUGGUUCGUCUACUAACUGCCUAGCGGCAAGUGGCGGUUCACAGCAACAACCGUGGAAGAAGCUACGCAAUCAAAUGUACAUGGUGGUGGUGUCGCUAUGUGUACGUGUCUAAGGUCUACCACUCAACUUUAAUAUCUGAUCCUUCCAUUGAGUCCUUAGGUGUUGAGUCUGCAAUUGCAUCUAAAAGGUAUAUACUUUUAUGUAUUGAUAGACCUCCUCGAGGUAAUUUCAACACCUUGAAUAUUAUAACGGACAUCCUCUCAUCAGUAUAUGAUAAAAAUUAUCAAGGUGUUUUUGUGUUUGGUGACUUCAAUUUAAACUUGUUGAAGAGUAAUGGCAAUGAUGUCUCUGAAUAUGUUAAUUUAAUGUUUUCUUUCUCUCUAUUUCCAUUGAUAAACAAACCAACCAGAGUCACUAACACUUCAGCUACUCUUAUAGAUCACGUUUGGACAUCUCUUUUCGAAGAAAAUAUUUGUAACAUUAUUUUAACUGACAUUUCUGAUCAUUUUCCAACAUUAUCACAAUUCAAACUUAAAUAUACUAAUUUACAACCGCAGUUUAUCUAUAAAAGAUCAGUUUCUACAGCUGCCAUGGAAUCUUUUGCAAACGACCUCUCUGUUAUUGAUUGGAAUUCUGUUUUAAGUUCUCAUUCUUGUAAUAACGCUUUUGAUACUUUUUUUCAGAAUACUCAAAAAUCUCUGACAAAAAUUUUCCAGUCUUAAUAAUAAAUACCAAUUAAGCCCACAUAUUACUCCUGCAUUAAAAAAUAGUAUAAAAGAAAAACACCGAUUAGAGAGACUUUGGAAAAAAUGGCCUUUAACUUAUGGGGUUGCCUACAGAAAAUAGAAAUAAAUUAACUUCUGUCUUAAGAGCUGCAAGAAAUAAAUUUUAUAAAGAUCGUUUUACAGAUAAUCAAGGCAAUCCAAAAAGUCAAUGGAAAAUAAUUAAUUCUCCUUUAGGUAAAAUAAAAUUUAAUAAUCGCACUGUUAACCUUGGCUCAUCAAGCUCGGAUAUUUCUUCAAAAUUUAAUGAACAUUUUCUGAAACUCAAUUUUACAAUUGGUGAUAGUGUGCAUGAUUAUAAGAGAUACUUAAACAACUCCCCUAAUUUUUCUCUGUAUUUGUCCCCGAAUAACAGCAAAGAAGUUGAGAAGGUUCUUUGCACUUUUGACACCGACACUCCAGGAUACGGUGAUAUAUCUCCAAAAGUAUUGAAAUAUUCUUCUUCUGUCAUCUCUACUCCUUUGGCCCAUAUAAUUAACCUCUCUCUGCAAACUGGUACAUUUCCUGAUCAACUUAAAAUAGCUAAAGUAAUUCCUCUUCUUAAAUCAGGCGAUAGAAAUAAUAUAAAUAAUUAUCGACCCAUUUCUGUACUUUCUGCAUUUAGCAAAAUAUUUGAAAAAAUAAUUUCUUUUAGGCUUAUUAAUUAUCUGGAACAAAAUUGUUUAUUAACAGAACACCAGCACGGUUUCAGAGCACACCAUUCAACUGAAACUGCAAUUUUGGAAUUUAUUAGAAAAGUAUAUGCAUGUCUAGAGGAAAAGUAAUUUGUUUUGGGAGUUUUUCUUGAUUUUUCAAAAGCAUUUGAUACAUUGGACCAUGAAAUUUUACUUAAUAAACUGGAACAUUUAGGUAUUAGGGGUAUUCCAAACAAACUGUUUCGCUGUUAUCUUUCUGGGCGGAAACAAUGUGUAUUUCGUAAUGAAAAAUAUUCCUCUUUUCAAUUUCUAACUAAAGGUGUACCACAGGGUUCAG